CCCUAAUGCGAGCAAGCUUGCUGCUUAGAAUGGCAGACGCGAUUCAGCUUCAAAAACCAAAGAGACACGUUCUCCUUACCGGACAACCUGGUGUGGGCAAGACAACAUUGUGCAAGAAGGUCUGUGAGAAACUUGAGAGCCUUAACUUUGAGUGUCAGGGUUUCUACACUGAGGAGAUCAGAGAGGAUGGGCAGAGAGUCGGGUUCGAUGUUAUUACUUUUGAUGGGAAAAGAGCCCCUUUGGCUAGAGUUGUAGACAGAGACAACCCGGUAGCAGGAAGAAGCUAUAUGGUGGGACGAUAUAAUGUGAAAUUGCAAUCAUUUGAGCAGACUGCUCUACCGACAUUGUCCAUAAAGCCAACAGAAUGUACACGGGUGGUUGUCAUAGAUGAGAUAGGCAAGAUGGAGCUAUUCAGCAGGUCCUUUAUGCAGACUGUGAGCAACAUUCUUAAACACCCCAAGACCACUGUUUUUGCAACAAUACCCAUAAAGGCUAACCCUUUUGUGGAAGAUAUACGUCAUAGAGAUGAUGUCAUUGUAUAUACGGUCACGAAAGAAAACAGAUACAACCUUAUAGAUGAGGUGGCAGAUGCUGUAAAGGACUCUUUGGAAUGUUUUGGUACAUGAGGAGCAGGAACCACUCUUCUUGUUGAAUGUUUGAAUCAAACAAUAUUGGAAACUGUGCUGUUGGGGUGUGGUGCAGGUGUGGCUUUAACUACUGAGUCAGUUUACUUUCUGAUUGAACAUAUUAUAUAUGUGCUAAAUCGUACCUUUGAGUUAUACUUGAGACUGUUUUGAAAGUUCUCAGUAUUACAAAUCUCAAUGAACUUGUUAGUUUUCUUGAAGGAAAGAUUUUGGCCAAUAAUAUUUUAUUUGUACUAAUAAUAAUUUUAAAAAACACCGUUUCCAUUGUUACACUUGUACAAACCAUUAAAUCUCCGAAAACAGC